UAACACCAUAUUAUUUUUGAAUGUGGCACAAUAUUGCUGUCGCCGAGCUUUAGGGCCGCAUAGAAAUAAGAGUCUAGGGCUUACGUGUUAAGAUUUUAGUGGGCAAAAUUUGACGUAAACAAAAAGAUAUCAAAACGAGUUUACUAGCUGUCAUGCACACGAUCACUAAACUGCUAAAGGCUGAAAUAAACGAAGGGCCAUUUGAUACGUUCGAACAUUUAUGAGAUAUUGGAUAAUAAUCAAUUCUUGAUCGUUCAUACAAUUAGUCUAGUGUAAAAUUAUUCCAAACAAAGCAGGAAACAUGGAAAGUCCACCAGAAUAUUGUGAAGUGGACCCAAAUACUUCAAUGAUGCCUGAUCUUUUUAUGGACCUACAACAACAUAGACACAUUGACAUGCAAGAACUUUUAUCAGGCAAGAGAAAAAUCAGAUCUCCCAAUAAGCAAGACAGAUGUAACAAAACUGCAGGAUACAUUGCUGUGUGUGUUCUGCUCCUGUUGACCCUGCCUGUUAUAGUGAUUCCACUCUUAGAACGAGGCCUGGCGGCUAGAAAUCUGGAAAGAGGGAAAUCUCAGUCACAUUUUGUGAUGGAUUCAGAUCAUAGAAAUCACCAAAAAUGCAAGGACCAGUGCAGAGUAACUUUAGUCGAAAGCAUUCCACAGAAUCUCACAUAUGCUCCUGGAUCACCUUCCCACCCCUCAACGUUCUCAGGGUGGAAGAGUCUAAUACAAUCAGCCAGGCAUAGUAUUGACCUUGGGGUGUUCUAUUGGACCCUGAGAGGGGUGGACAUCUAUGAAGACCCUAGUGCUUGGCAGGGUGAAGACAUAUUCAAUGAGCUACUUAAUGCAGUUAGCCAAAGGGGGAUUAAAGUGAGGAUAGCCCAGAACAAACCUCAGAAAGGACAACCAGCCAAGGACUCUGAGAUUCUGGCUGAGGCAGGUGCCGAAGUUAGGACACUAGACUUUGACCGAUUUCUUGGGAGUGGUAUUCUGCACACCAAGCUAUGGAUUGUGGAUGGCCAGCACUUCUAUGUGGGGAGUGCCAAUAUGGAUUGGAGAUCUCUCACCCAGGUAAAGGAACUAGGCACAGUGAGUUACAACUGUAGCUGCCUUGCUGGCGACAUUCAGAAGAUAUUUGAUGUCUACUGGUACAUGGGGACCCCUAGCAGUAGUAUCCCUUCAUCCUGGCCAAAAGACUGGGGCACACAGUAUAACAGUGUUACACCACUACAGCUGGACAUCAAUAAUAUUGAAACAAGUACUUAUUUAUCUAGUUCUCCCCCAGAGUUCUGCCCUAAUGGAAGGACAGUGGAUGUAGAUGCCAUAUUAGACAUAAUAGGGAAGGCACAGAAGUUCAUAUACAUUGCAGUCAUGGACUACUUUCCCACCACAUUGUACACAAACCCUAGAAGGUUCUGGCCAGUGAUUGAUGAUGCUCUACGCAAAGCCAGCAUGGAUAGAGGUGUCGAGCUCUUCGUGCCAAUAUAUCUACAAAACUUUUUGUUGUGCCAGCAUUUACUAAGGCUCAAAGUAAAAUUCCAUUUGCCAGAGUGAACCACAAUAAAUACAUGGUGACAGAUAACACAGCUUAUAUAGGUACAUCUAACUGGUCGGGAGAUUAUUUUAUCAGUACGGGUGGAAUAGGUUACAUCAUUAACCAAACUGACCAAUCAGGGUACAGUAAUGCUGACAUGGUCCAAGUCCAAUUACGGGACAUAUUUCUACGUGACUGGAAUUCCAAAUAUGCACAUCCCAUCUCAGACAUCCUGGAAAAUACGGAGAAAAAGAAGCAGUUAGAAACUAAUGAAAUAUCUAUCAUGUAAAUGAGUAUCUCACAUUGGCUUCACUUGUUCUACUAUCUCACCAUAGUUCGUUGUUAAAUUGAGAAACUAGUCUUAUUUGAGAAAGGCUGACAAGAAGGAUUAAUCUGGCAUUCUGAAGUUUUAAAUUUAUACUUUUAUGCUGACAUCAU